AUGCUCUCCAACCCUGAAGUUGCAAGGGGCACCGUGAACUUUGCCGCACAGAACUUUCAGUACCAACAGCAAUUUUCUGCUCCGGAGCAGGCUCUUAGCGCAGCAGGUAGGAACUGGCCGCGCUGCUUUCUUUUGUUAUCGGGCAUCUCAAUGGGUCUCGUGAUUGCCAGUUCAAUUAUUGAUCUCAUUACACUUAGCAUUGGCAUUUCAACAAUCUUUUUAAAUGUUUACCUCAUAGUAUUGUGUUUCUUCGCCCUUACUGCGGAGCUUCGCCAAGUAAAAUGCCUGCGCAGCCUCAUAUACACCUGGAUGAAAUAUCUUUACUUUUUGACGACGUACACAGGGAGGGCUUUUUUUUAUAUUUUUCUGGGAACCCUUGCGUUCGGAGGCGGCAUCUGGAACUAUGUGGCGGCAAGUGUGGCGGUUGCUCUUGGUAUCCUCAUGUUUUUUGUGAACCUUUCCGUCGAGUUGCCAAAGUAUGUGGACCCGGAAGUGCUGCACGAGGAGGCUGGGCGACGGGAGGCGUUGGGUGGUGUGAAUCAGACCCCUUUUUUUUCGACAUCUGGCCAAGCUGUCACCGACCGUUUCAGCAAUGCCACUAUGAAUGUCUCUUUGGCUGCCACUACGGGUUACCAGCCACCAGGCAUUAACGAGGGUCCCAAUGCACUUUAG